CGCUAAAUGAAAACGACUCAAACGAGGUAGCAUCCUUUCUUUCCUAACGGCAAACAUGAAACCCUUGUUUCCGACAAGACCUAAUUCAGCGAUAUCUUUCCACAUCUCUGCAAACUCUCUGUUUCAAAUCGCACAUUUCUUCAACGCAACAUUUCACUCCUCCGACAAUGUAUCCUCCUCCUCCCGCCGACACGUGGUAGAAAGUCGAAAUGUUAAGGUCUCGGUAUGGUGGGAUUUCGAGAAUUGCAAUUUACCGACUGGCUCCAAUUUGUUUAGGGUGACCCAGAGUAUCAAUACCGCCAUUAGGGCUAAUGGGAUCAAGGGUCCCAUCCAAAUCACGGCGUUUGGGGACCUAAUGCAGAUGUCGCGUGUUAAUCAGGACGUCAUUUCUUCCACGGGAAUCACUUUCAUUCACGUCCCCAACGGUGGAAAGAACAGUGCUGACAGGUCUCUUCUUGUUGACCUUAUGUAUUGGGUUUCUCUAAACCCCCCACCAGCACACCUUUUCUUGAUUUCAGGAGAUAGAGAUUUUGCCAGCAUUCUACACCGACUAAGAAUGAACAAUUACAACAUUUUGCUCGCCAGUCUUGAAACUGUGCCCAAUGCUCUUAGCAGUGCUGCCAGUAUUAUGUGGCAAUGGAAUGCUCUAAUUAGUGGCGAGAACCUUAACGGGAAGCGUUUUAAUCAACCACCAGAUGGUCCUCAUGGCUCUUGGUAUGGCCAUUAUAAGGCACCUCUUGAAGAUCCCUUUAUGACUCCGGAACUGAAGAAUCCUCCGCUUGUUCCCUGUCAUCAGGACCGUUCUGAUACGCCAAAAGCUUCCUCUGUUCGUAAAGUGGGAGUUACAAAAACAUCAUUCACCAAAGGUCAGAAGCAGCAGAGGGCAGCACCAAGUCCUUGCUCUGUACAGAAGUUGAAAUCUUCUUCAACUAAAUUACAGGAGGCACCAAAAGCGGAAGAGUCACAUAAAGGACGGAAGGAGUCGUCGGUUGAAGAUGUUCCAGUAGAUGCACAUUCUAUUAUUAAAAUUAACACAGGAUCUCAAGUAACUGGAAGUCAUUGUAAACCAGGUUUUUUUGGCAAAUUAUGGGGGAAAAUUGGUUUAGGAAUGUAAUUGAGUAAAGACAGUGGUGUUAAAGAAGAUUAUGUGAGCAGACAAUUUUGGCCAGUCUGGGAAAGAGAUGCUGGCAGCUUAUGGAGAAACAUGUGGGAGAAAAAAGUUGGAGAUUCUUCUUUAGGAUGUUAUUCAGUUUUCAUCCACCUGACUUCCCAAUUUUUUGAAACUUAAACAAAGUAAUGCUGGUGAUGGUUAUGCAUAAAAUUGAGAUAGGGAAGUGAUGAAUCUUCUAAAGAUGGGUGAUUAACAUGGAUCUCUAUGGGCAGUGUGAAUAGAGGUGAGGAUGGUGAGAAGGCCUGGUUUGUGUGCAAACUGGGAAGGUUGUAUGCGUGUGUGUGUAUUAUGGUGAUUAACAACAACGAUUCAAACAUAUGACCUUCAACCUGAGAGAUAGCACAUCAAGAAUCAAAUUUCGUAUACUGGAACUCUGGAAGUAUCAUACCAAUUGCGGACAUAAUUAGCAUGAUUUAAAUGAGAGUUGCAACUCACUGACAAUAAAAGUUCUGAAACAUUUUUUAAAGUCAAGAGGGUUAAAGUAUCAUAAAUAUAUUUAGAUUUUUCUUUUUCUAUCAAUGAAGGAAUGGAUUGCACUUCCA